CCUGUCGCCUGAUUUUUGGGACAGCUCCACACACCAUCUCAACACCAACCGGGGAAACUAAACCGACCUUCUUAACCAAAUACAACAGCACGGCGUUUUUUUUUUUAUUUUUAUGUUGACAUGGAGGACCAACUAAAACACCAUUCUGUUUGCCAUACCUGCUUGAGAACAGACAGUGUCAUAAAUAAGGUCAUAAAGAUGUACUGGUCCAUACGGAUGCCCAUAUGCAUACUUUUUUUAACCCUGUCUGCCUUCGAAGUGGCUUCAGCUGAAACGUUAUGCGGUGGAGAGCUGGUGGACGCUCUACAGUUUGUGUGUGAAGACAGAGGUUUCUAUUUCAGUCGACCAACCAGCAGGUCGAACAGUCGACGUUCUCAAAAUCGUGGGAUUGUGGAAGAGUGUUGCUUUAACAGUUGUAACCUAGCUCUUCUAGAACAGUACUGCGCUAAACCUGCCAAGUCAGAGAGGGACGUUUCAGCCACAUCCCUACAGGUCAUCCCGCUGAUGCCCACAUUAAAACAGGAGGUCCCAAGAAAACAUGUGACCGUGAAAUAUUCCAAAUACGACAUGUGGCAACGAAAGGCCGCCCAGAGGCUACGGAGGGGCGUCCCCGCCAUCCUGCGGGCCAAGAAGUUUAGGCGGCAGGCGGAGAGAAUCAGGGCCCAAGAGCAACUGCACCACCACAGGCCUCUCAUCACGCUUCCCAGCAAGCUGCCGCCCAUCCUUCUUCCCACAGAAGACUACGUCAGCCACAAGUGAAACCAGGAUCAUUUGCACAGAGCCGAUGAAAAAAAGACUAGGGGAUCAAAGCUUUUUGUCUCUGACGUCAUUUCUGUGGCAGUCCUCAACAACCCUUCUUCCUUCCCCAUCAGACGUGCUCACACGCUCUUCCAAUUUCUAUUCUUGCUGUUUUGUUCACCAACAAAAAGGCACAUCACAAACGAGAGGAAUUCAAUUCAGGUGAAGAAGCAAAGAAAAGAAUGAAGAUGCCGCGGAACGCUGAACGUUUCGCCGGUUCGGAGGACAUCGGAGCACAAGGAACAGCUAGAGCUAGCAUGAAAGAACCCAUUCCACUGCAUUCUCCCGAGACAAAAGUAUCUCUCUUUUAGUCCUUUUACAUAUUAGUUUGCACCUGUAACUAUAAAGGGACAUCCACACUGUAAGGAAUUGUUGUAAAAUUAGAUUCCUGUUCCAGCACCUUGUAAUCACAAAUGAAAAGCAGAGAAGAGUCUGCGAAUUGCACAUCGCCACGGAUUACGUCAAAGUUCUUGUUAAGUAAAUAAAAAAAGGCACUAUUUUUUUAUGGACUAUGAACGCGUAGCUCAAAAAAUGUCAUGGUGCUAGCUUUGGGAACGGACUCAAAGGAGAAGGGGUUGAAAAGCACGUUUUUUUUUUCCUUCGAAACUUUAUUAAACUUUCCGUUUUAAGGAAAGUGUGACUUUUGAAAGAGAAAACAAGAGCACGAGGGAUAUCGCUGCAUGCAGACGUGUACGUAAGACGCGACGUAUGCAUCGGGCCGCGCCGGCGCCGUCGCAGUUAAAAGGAAGGAGCAAGUGUGGGGACGCCGAAGGGAUCAUGUUCGAACGCCUGGACGUGGAGAACUCGUCUCCUUUCGAGCGUGGCUGCACAAAUCCCCUGCUUUGCACUGCAGGAAGAAAGACAUUGUGACCUUGAAAAAGUGGGAUGUUUGUAUUUUCUAUGUUCUUUUUCGUGAAAAUGCUUCAAGGAAAAAAAAAAAAAAAAAAAAAAGCCCAGUUUGGUUUCUGGUACCGUGACAUUCUUGUUGUUGCAAAAUAGGCUUUGUGUUUUUGUAACGUUAUUUUACAGUUCUGAAAAAAAGGCACAAAUAUCAAUUCAAAGGGAAAAAACGCAAUAAUGUCAACUAACAUAUAUUUUUAACGUUUAUCCGUAGUAUUCACAUGCUUUUGCCUGAAAACAAAUACUUGAAUAUAUAUAUAUAUAUAAAUAUAUAUAUAUAAAUAUAAAUAUGAACAUAUAUAUUAUAAUUAGUUUCCAGGGACAUCACGUAAUAUUCUUUUAGUCUGAGCUGUAUCUUGCGUAAUGAGCCGCCAAGCUUCUUUUUGUUUGUUUGUUUAAAUACAAAUAUGGGCACUGUAUAAAGGCAUUAUUUAUUUUGUUAUAAAAUUAUAUAUUAAAAUCGGUCCAAAUACAGUAAUAUACAUAGCACUGAUGCUCAACUGAUGGAUUUUAUUUUAUAUGCUCUCUUAUUUUCCCAUUUUACAUGUAAAUGCUUUUUGUAGAUGCUUUGUACCAAAAAAUAUUUCUUUUCUUUUUUUCUUUUCUUUUUUUUUUUUUCCUUUCGGUUCGCCACAGAGCUAUUUUAAAAUCAAUAUUUUAACAGCAGCUGUAGCCUGGAUCGCUUAGGCAUGUUGUAAUACAAAAAUAGGCACAUACUCAGAAGACUCUCUCUCUUUCUCUCCCUCCCGCAUGGCUUUUUAAUCUGCCAAAUGGAUUUCUGUUUUUUUUUUAAAAAACAAAAAACGACUACAAAAAAAACAAAAAAAAACUUUCCUCACGAGGAUCUGGAUAACCCGGUCUCUAUAUGCCGCGAUUGUACACAACCCGAUACGGUUUAAGCCACUUUAGUUCUGUUCUCACAGUCGUCAUUUUUGGCUUUCUCUAAGGUAAAUCCGCAAAAAGAAAGCCACGUAUUUGGGGUCGAGAAGAGCCUGCAGGAAGAUGGAGGUGUUGUCCCUGGUUCAAUGUUUUCUGUUGUUGCUGAGCGAUUAAACUGCAGCUGUAAAAAAAGCAAAACGAUGUCACCAAGAGCGGACUGUUACACAUCCCCUCGAUCUCGCCAUCUUACAACAAUAUGCCCUAAAUCCUCUUAUUUCCUUUCAGUUUGGGUGUUUUUUCAAGUCCUCCAUGUAUCUUCAUCGCAGUUGUUGAAGGGCUACCGUACUUAGUGACCCUAAUACUCAGGAAAUAUCAGUGGAUUUAUGUGAAAAACCCAAUACGAGGCCAUUUUCUUUUUUCGGUUUCUCAGCCAAGCACAAGAAGUCAGUAACGAUUUUUGUACGCUCCCCAUCUUUACGGUCAUAAAAUGAUACUAUAGUAUCGCUUAGUACCUUGAAACUUAAAGGUCUAAGUGCCUGCAGUGUAUCCCGCUGCCUUGAUAAUCCAAUAUUUAUCUGAUUCAUAUCAGUUGUGAUGAAGCAGUGCAAUUAUUUUAAUCACUAUCAUUAUUUCUAUUAUUCAAACAUCCCAUAUUUCCGAAGACAUUGCCAUAUUUCUGUUGUUAUUCCUGCAAGGACUGCAUUCGCUGUUGUUCUUUCCAAACUGGUUACUUAACUUUCCAUGCAAAAAAAGGCGUGUAAGGAAAACACAUCCUUUCGCGCUAAAUAUGAAGGGAUCUUUUGUCUUUCAUUGGCAACGGUUUAAUAUCAGUAGCCCACGCAGCCUGUGUGUAUUUUAAUUGAUUUAACCUCUGCACGCUAGAACGUCCGAAAUGCACAAUUCAUGUACUUUCAUUUUUAAUAUCAAUAAAAACAUUUUAUCGAACAUGUU